CCGAGAUGAGGAGCCGGUCAGAGUAUGUGCAGUCGCUGAGAGGGCACCCCACCAAGGCGCUGCAGAUGGGGGCGCUGAUCGCCACCUACUCCGAGCGCCAGGCAUCGUUCAUCGCACUGGCGACCAUCAAGGGGGGUUUCGAUCAGGAGAGAGGAGAGGACGACGAGCACGAGGGCAUCGGGCACUGCAGAUACGGCGGGGGGUAGACAGGCCGUCAGUUUCUGUGCAUGGAUGAGUCCGUGAGUGUGAUCAACGACUGCGUUUAUCGGUCGGUUCAUGUUGCGUGCUGAGAGAGACGUGAGACUUGUCGUCUUUUUCCUCCAACUUGCUUGUCCGGUUGUCCUUGUGUGUAUGUGUGUGGGUAAGGGAGUCAGCUGUAGAGUAGUAUCCCAUUAUCCACACCCUUCCUUACUGACAGUCUACGAUGAGAUCUGUUGCUGCCCGUGACACGUGUGUGUAUGUGUGUGAAUACACAUCUUCCUCCUGGUGCAUGUGUGUGUGCAUGCAUUCUGUCCGCGUGCGCAUUUUUCGCCCAGACACCUGUCUGUCUGUCCGUGCGUGUGCUGUACAUGUGCGGUUUGCCCUCAGACUCAAUGCGCCAGAGCCGCCG